AUGAAUAUCGACAAAAUCAAGGAAAUCAUUAAACAAUCAGACCAACUAUCUGAAAAUAUUGAUCCAGAUAGAACCCCAUAUAAAUCCAAAUUCGAAGCAAUUGAAUUAUUGAAAGAAUUAAAAAGCAAUAUUAUCAAGGAAAACAAUGAAACUUUCAAUGACUAUUUAAUAACCAUAGACUCGAAAUUAGGAGAAUUAUACUUUCAAACGGAUGAAAUUACACUUGCAAUUACAAUAUUCAAUGAAACAUUAAAAUCAUUAGAAAAAGUUAAGGAAAAAUAUCCAAUCGAAUAUAUAUCAAUAAACCAAACCCUUUCAAUUAUUUCAAUUAACAACAAUGAGUUUAAACAAGGUGAGGAAAGAUUAAAAGAAUGUGAAACAUUAUUAAAUCAAGAAUUACAAGACGAAGCCUCAAAAGAUAAAGAAACCAUUGAAAAAUUAAAUUCAUUACAGUUACAAAACUUCUUUUAUUUUGCACAACUUUAUACCUUAACAGGAGAAUCUGAAGAGUCAUCAAAAUAUAUCGAAUUAACAUUAAAUAAACAAUUAAAAAAAGAAAAAUUUGACAAGAUUGAAUGGUGUAAAAACUCACUACUAUUGGGAGAUUACUAUUUAAAGAUCAAAAACUUUGAUUAUAGUAGACAAUGUUUUUUAGCAUCAACAUUUAUUUUUAAAAAGAUAGACGAAGCAGAAUUUACAGAAAAUGAACAAAAAGAGGAACUUCAAGCAUCAAUCAAUCUAUUUAUUGGCAAGUUCUUUUUAGAGUUUCUUCACGUAUUUAGAGAUAUUGAAUAUUUAAAUCAUGCCCACAAAGAGGGUAAUGAAGAUGAAAAUAUCGACUUUGUUCAAGACCCAAAAAGCAUUAUUAUAGAAAAAGAAAACGAAAGAAAACAAUUCGAAGAGAACCAAAAACAAAAAGAAAUAUUAAUUGACUCUAUAACAUUUAACAAGCGUUCAUUAAACAUAGACAACCCAUUAUUCAAAGACUCAAUUACCGUAGAACAAUACAACUCGAUUGCUUCAUCAUUAUUCCCCAGUUCAAAUGUUGAUUUAGUAGUAGUAAAAGACCAACCAAGUGCCAGAGAUAUCUUUUUAAAAUCACAACAUUUCUAUAAUAGAGCUAAAAAAUUUUAUCAACUCGAUGGUUUUGUAACCCAACAUUUACAAAUUUUAUUUGAUUUAAUCGAUUUGUUUGACUAUUUAAAUAUUUUUGAAACCUUAGCAAAUAGAAAGAUUGCAAUUAAUAAGAAAAGAGUUGAUUUAAUCGAACCUUUAAUUAAAGAACUAAAUCCAACAUACUUUUUAGCACAAUUAAGAAAAAUAUUUUAUAAACUUGCUGAAAUUUACAACGAAACUUCAAGAAUAUACCAAUUUGCAUGUGCAAAUUUACGUGAAAUUCAAAACUAUAAUGAUUGCAGUUAUAAUCAACAAUCACAAAAUGAACAAGAAAGAAAAGAAUCAAUUAUUGACGAUUUUGAUGUAUAUAUUAAUUCAAAACUUGGGUUGGCAAUGUGUCACAAAAAGGUUAAAGGUGUAAACAAACUAGUAAACGAACAUUUAGAUAAAUCAUUAGAAGUUUUUAAAUCGAUUGUUAAACUAUUUGAUGAUAAUAAUUUUUUACCAAACGAAAUUAAAGAAAAAUAUGCCAAAGAAUACUCACUAUCUCAACAAAUGGUAUCUUUAUUAACCGAAAAAAGUCAAUUUAUCCAAAGUAAAAUGACAUCAGGAAAAUGGUACGAAAAAAAUAAUCAAUAA